UACAGUGAGCAGUAUUGGAGAUGCUGUAUUUCACUGCUAGCGGAGAGAUACAAAGCUCGUGAUCCUCCUACCUUGACAAAGCGUAAGAGAACAGAAAAGGGAAAAGAAACAGUAUUUAUCAACGGAUGAAUGGGAAUUCCCUCCCGACGGAAUCCUAAAGCCGGGCCAUAUUGGUAAAGAGACGCAUACCAAACAGAUGAGCUGCGUUUUCUUUCAAUGGGACCAGAAGUGAAAAGACGCAGCAAUGACAUUCUGUUGGCGAGAGCAGCAGCCGUGCGCAGCUAUACCGAGCACAAAAUAACUAUUGUGGGGAUAGAUGACUGAUAAUACAACUGCUAUUGCGGAAGAAAGGCAAAGGAGACAGAUGUGAUUUUUGCAAGCGGCACAGCUGGUUCAGUUCUGUUGGGGUUCUGUAUGGAUUGUUGUCGAUAUCACUCGUCUUACAACAACCACAGCCAUCAGCUAUUCCAAAUUACUUUGGAAUUCUGCGCGGCUGUUUGAGGAAUAUCGCUGCAACGCAACACGGGAAUGCCAUGUGUCGGAAAACGGCAUAGAGGAGUAUUGUGGUGUGUUUUCUAUUGGGGACAGGUGCUGUUGUGUGUCGGGCGUAGAGGGGGGUUAGGACAUACAACCCGAGAGACAGUUGUCUUAAGGAUGUCACUCCCCCGUGCGGGAUCUGUUCUGGACAGAGACAGGUGCGACAAGGAGAAGGAAUAGUUUGCAAAAGGCAGAGGGGGUGGAACAGCAUUAAAAUUUGGAUUGACAAGAACCUCACAUCCCCUUCUCCAGCAUUCUGGAUUGUCGUCCCGUGGAAGCCCGGCUGUGUUGAGGGGCAAACUGCCCAAACCCGUAUACCAGACGCACCUUUCCCGCGACAGUUACUGUUCUAGAGUCCUGCUGCCAUGACGACCGUGGCCACUCCCUUAAUAUUGCUAUCUCUGAUGCUCCGAUUGGCUGACACCGCCUUCCCUGAGGAACCAGGACCAUUAAGCUCAACCCCCACAGAGGUGGUCCGACGGUACCCCGUGUUUCUGGGUCGGGCCCAUCAUUCAUCAAUGAGACAGGAACCCCUGCAUAUUCAGAGAAUUCUCAAGGUCAACCGCACCCUGUACAUUGGAGCCAGAGAUGAGCUUUUCCGAGUGGAGCUGGACAAUGUGGUGGGGGACGAGAUGUUCUACAGUAAGAAACGAACUUGGGAAUCCAAUAAGAAUGACAUCAGGAUCUGCAGGAUGAAGGGCAAACAUGAGGAUGAGUGCCGGAACUUCAUGAAGGUGUUGUUGAGCCGACAAGGUGGCCUGUUUGUCUGCGGAACAAACGCCUUCAAUCCUUUGUGUGCCAACUACACCGGAGACACUCUUGAGAUGGUGGGAGAGACGGUCAAUGGAAUGGCUCGGUGCCCUUAUGAUCCCAAGCACGCCAACGUGGCCCUGUUUGCAGAGGGGAACCUGUUCACAGCCACGGUGACAGACUUCCUGGCCAUCGAUGCAGUCAUCUAUCGCAGCUUGGGGGACAGUCCUGCCCUUCGCACCGUCAAGCACGACUCCAAGUGGUUCAGAGAGCCCUAUUUCGUCAGUGCCGUGGAGUGGGGGCCUCACAUAUACUUCUUCUUCAGGGAGAUGGCCAUGGAGUUCAACUACCUGGAGAAGGUGAUGGUGUCACGGGUGGCCCGCGUGUGUAAGCGGGACCUGGGCGGCUCCCAACGGGUCCUGGAGAAGCAGUGGACCUCCUUCCUGAAGGCACGGCUGAACUGCUCUGUUCCGGGGGACUCUCACUUCUACUUCAACCUGCUGCACUCCACUAGCCCCAUCCUCAGGAUGCACGGCCGAGACAUCAUCCUGGGAGUGUUCUCAACACCGGCCAACAGUAUCCCUGGUUCAGCCGUGUGUGCCUUCGACAUGCAGCAGCUGGCCAGAGUCUUUGAGGGGCGAUUCAAGGAGCAGAAGUCCCCCGAAUCCAUCUGGACCCCCGUUCCAGACGAGCUCAUCCCAAAACCCAGGCCAGGGGGCUGUGCUGUCCAGGGCUCCAGGUUCAACUCCUCCAACGCGUUCCCUGACGAGAUGCUGAACUUUGUGAAGACACACCCCCUGAUGGACGAAGCUGUGCCCUCGUUGGGACAGAGGCCCUGGAUAGUCCGAACCAUGGUCAGGUACCAGCUGAAUAAGAUGGUGGUGGACACGGAGGCAGGGCCCUACAGGAAUCGCACCGUUCUGUUUCUGGGAUCCAGUAGAGGGACCAUCCUGAAAUUCCUCAUCAUGCCCAACAGGGACAACACUGUGUCCAACAGCAACGUCUUCCUGGAGGAACUGGAAGGGUACAACCCUGACAAGUGUGGGGAGGACUCCCCCCAGGCGCGACAGCUGCUGUCCCUGACCCUGGACCGCCCCAGCCACUCUCUGCUGCUGGCCUUCCCGUCCUGUGUGGUGCGCGUUCCUGUGGCUCGCUGCCAGCUGUUCUCCCGCUGCAUGAAGAACUGCAUUGCCUCACGGGAUCCCUACUGUGGCUGGACUCGAGGCAGUACCUGUUCCUUCCUCAGACCUGGGACAAGGCUGCCGUUUGAGCAGGACGUGGAGCACGGCAACACUUCUCACUUGGGAGACUGUGAUGGUCUGCUGCAGGAGAGUUUCAUAGAAGAGCCGGAUGGUCUAGUCUCAGUCAACCUGCUGGUAGUGUCCGCGGUCUCAGCUUUUGCCACUGGGGCGGUGCUGUCAGGCCUGGCGGUGUGCUGGAUCAUGGGGCACAAGCACAGGCACCACGCCCGCAGCGGAGGGGCUGGCUCCAGCGGCCGCCGCAAGGGGGAUAAGGAGCAAGGCAUGCUGGGACAGGGCGGGAGCGGAUCGGUGAUGAGCGUCAGUCGUCCCGGCGGCAGCGAGAGGCGCAGGUCGCAGCCCGAGACCCUGUUCGUGAUGCCCAAUGGCUGGGCCAAGCCUGGAGACCUGGACCUGCUGCCCACUCCGGAGCAGACCCCCCUGCAGCAGAAGAGGCCGCCGCCGGGCAUGCGCCUCUCCGACUCGGGCUGGGACCAGAGCCAGACCUUCCUGAACUCCGCUGGCACUCCGUGCCCCGCCAACUCCUCCGUCAUCUACCUGAGCUCCAAGCUCCUGCAGGCAGGCGGGGGGCGGCACGAGGAGACGUGCGAGCCCCCCCAGCCCGGCGACCGGCAACACUACCUGGCCCUGGCCGGCCAUCGGGAGCAGGGCGGGCGCCCUGGCGCGGUGCUGCGGAACUCCGCGGGUGAGUACAACUACCCCGCCACGCCCCAGGACUCUCCGGACCGCCGGAGGGUGGUCUCGGCCCCCAACACUCAGCUGGACUUCGGGGAGCCCCUGCGCUGGACCCCCGAGGGCCUCAAUUUCAACAGCAACAACGCCGCGCCCUCCGGCCACCACUACCCAGCCCCCCGCCCCCACUCCGCCCUGAUGCGGGCCAGCCUGCACGCGCCCCGGGGGCUCGGUGACAUGGCCGACUUCAGCCACCUCCUCAACAAGGGUGCGAGCGAGCGGACGCCCACUGGCCAGUGAACCAAAAAAAGGGGACCCUGUUAAGAUCAUAAAGAACUACCCCCUCCCACCCCAACACCCAUCUCCCCAGCAACUGGAACAUCCCUCGGACUCACUCUCCCGCCUGAAAUAUGCCCUGUCCGUCCUCUCUCACUGUCAUUCAAUGUUCUGACAUCUCCCAGCGACUGUGACUAAGGGGCCUGUAGGCUUGAGACAGAGAGUAGGCCGAACUCUGCGGGGCUGGGCUCCCCAUCCCUCGCUCUGAGAGAUGCGCCACUCUGGGCCACGUGCGGCAAGACGGGCAAAGGAGGCAGGAAAAGGACGACGCGUGCGAAGCUGGAGAGGCACUUCGCUGUCCAUUCACGGUACCACCCAGUUCCAGUUGCGCAACGACCCCACUGCUAUCGUGUGCUCCGCAAACCAUUCUGUGGAUGUGAAAUUAGUUUCUGCUUUGCUUCCCUGCCUGCAGUCGGCAGACCGUCACGUGCCAUCUCCCAGAUUAACAAGCAGGCUUAAACAUUCAGCUUGUGUUUCGUAGAUGUUAGAAAUGCCAGAGGGCAUGGAUUCUCCUGACUACAGGCGAACAGGAACAGUAUGCCUGAUACCCUGUCUCAAUGUGAACUUAGAUUUAUACAGUAAUUCACAAACACUGGAGUUUCUUAGGGGAAAACCUCAGUGCCAGCAAAAUGUCCUUAUGUGUUUGAAGGCAAUCUAAAAAAAAUGAGAACAAUACAAUAUUCUGUGGCUUGUCUCCUGAGCUCUAUGUACUUUUAUAUGACUUGGUGACUUCCAGCAGACACUUGGAUGAGACAGCAGACCAGUAGCAGCAUCGUUCUGCAGACUGGUCAGCAGCACCCAUCCCCCCCCCUGUCCACACCCUCAAAUCAAUGUCGGGAAAGGGGGACGAGGGACAUGGGACAGGGGAACAGAGCAGUGUGACAAAGCAGAACAACGCCGAGGGGCAAUUAGGAGCGCCUUGCUUUUCAUUUUCAUCUCGCAGUCAACACUGAACCCUUGCGACAGACGACGGGAGGGAGACAGUGAGCAGGGAAUGGCCAAGGACACUGGUCAGGACUUUUCUCCCCCUCACUGACUCUGCCCACUCCCCCCCCCGCGCCCC